CAUGCGCACACAGAAUAGAGGCGGGGCGAGGCGAGGCAACGUGUGCAGCUGGAAUGAGGCAGGGCUGCAGGUAUUUCCUGGAGAAUGGAUGACGAUGACUUUGGAGGCUUUGAGGCAGCAGAAAACUAUAAGGAUGGAAAUGGUGAACCACCAGUUACUUCUCCAGCCAUUCCUUGGGCAGCAUUUCCCACAGCACCUGAUAUCCAUGUACCUCAAGCACUUUCUACUGAGGCUUUUCAGGAGCAGUCUGCCACUUCUGCCUGUAUUGUCUCUUCAGAUCCAUUUAUUUCUUCAGAUGAUGAUAUAGUCAUAGAAGGUCAGCCAUCAUCCAGCACAUUAAAUUUAGCUGAUUUUAAAGAGCAGGCUCCAUUAUCAGUUGAUCCUUCUUUGCAAGUACCAGUUUCCUCUUUGAGUCUAAGUGAAGAUGUAGAAAAAGUAACUGAAAAUGAUGAGGAACUGGGAUUAAAUGAAUCAAAUAAAUAUCUUCAACAAACACUUUCAGGUCUAGAAGCUAAACUUAAUGCAGCUGAUGAAGAAAAAUGUAGAAUAAAAAAGGAGUUAGAGGAUCUGUUGGAAAAAUAUAGGAUUCUGGAAACAGAUUUCCUGAAACACAAGGAGGAUAAAUUAAUUUCAAACCAGGAUCGGUACAACAAGCUCCAGGAGAAGCAUAAACUUGAAUUGGAAGACUUGAGAAGAGCUGGUCAUGAGGCUUUGGUUAUUAUUGUGGAAGAAUUUAAGGCCUUACUGCACUCUACAGUUCAGCAACACGAAGAAGCCAUUGAAAAACGGUAUUCAUCUGUGGUUGAAAAACAGGCACAUAAGUGUGAAGAACUGCUUAUUGCUCAGCAUCAAAGGCUGCUUGAUAUAUUGGACAAAGAGCACACAGUAUUAGAAGAAAAAAUAGAAGAAUCCUUGUUGCAGCAAUCACAGGAAUAUAAGAAAAUGCUGGAAAAAUGCAUGGAGAAUGAAAGGGCAAGCAAUAAGGAAGCUUUGGCAGCUGCUGCAAAGAUUGAAAAAGAAGACAUAGAAGCUGCCAUUUUAACAGCAGUAAAAGCAGAAAGAGAAAAUAUGGGAAAACUUCAUGCAGCAGAAAAGGAAUUAUGGCAAGCAGAGAGAAACAAAAAUCAUGAAAUGAUUGCUCAAGCAAUUGAAGAUACAAUCCAAGAGCAAAGACAAAGCAGUCAGGUGUUGCUUGAAGGAGGCAGUUCCACGAGCUCUCUGGCUAGCUGUAGGACUUUUUAAGGCCAGCGGCAGAAGUGCAGGAAGUUGACCCUGAAGAGAUGACACCAAAGGGUUUUGUCUCUUUUAGAGUUUGUCACAAGGGCAAGACCAUCACCUUAUUUAACUUGUUUUUGCUGGGGGAAUGAGUUGUGUGGUGCUAUGAUGGGUGUGGUGAUUUGUCCAUACAAAUAUGUUUGUAGUCCCGAGACUGUCAGAGUGUGAGAUUGGUUCAGUACUAUACAUUUAAUAGCCCUGAGUGAGAGGUGGAGGGCAGGGACCUUUGUUACUUUCCAGGUGAGAGCUGGGGUGAGCACUUGAGCAAACUGCUAGGACUGUUAACACCUGUUUCUACUGUUACUGUCUUCAGUUGCGUUUGCCUUUUUAUAUGUUUCACAAUCUUCUCUGCUGUGUUUUUUCCCUACUUCUUACUCCUUUCUUCUGCCCUGACAUCCCAGUAGCCCUUUUCUCUCUCUCUCUUCCUCUUACAUUUCCAAACUGUCCUUCUUCUGUAUCUUCACACACGCAGUACCAGAAGCAUACUCACUUUUUCUCUCAGUCCCACUCCUCUUGGCUCUUCAGCUUUCUUAACUUUACACAUCCAUGCCUCAGCUUGUGUUCUCUUCAGCUCUUUCUCUCUCUGUUCCAUGCUUUCAAGCUUUGUUGUCUCUUCCAGUAGCCAAUCGAUGCCUUGCACGCUCUCCUCCCAGUUUCUCUUUUACAUGCAAGUGCACCCAGCCACUUGCUCUGCUGCUUUGCUCUCCCUUUUCUUCCCACUUCUCUCCAGGGUUUCUCUAAGUUGGUUGGCCUCAGGAUUCACCCUCACCGCUCCACCCAUGUUUCUCUUUUCAUCCCAUGGGCAGUGUCCUUCUCUUGACUCCUGCCAGUGCCCCUCCCUCCCUGGGAGGAUCACCAGCAUGGGAAGGGAACGUCACUACUGUUACCACACCCUCUCCUUGCAUAAAACAUGCCAGCUUCAUAAACUAUUGUUUGAAAAUUAAACAAAGUUAAAACAAACCAUAGUUUGAAUUCAAAACAGAAGCAAGAGCUUCAGCUAUUCCAGAGUGUGGAAGGGGGAAGCAUGAGAAACCAAGCUGUCUGCACUGUUAUUCUCUUAACAAUAAUCCAUAGUUUAUCUUUGUGUCUGUACAAGGCCAGUGUGUAUGAAGCCAUUCCUUAAAAGUUCUUAAAACUUUGAGUUUUGUAACUUUUUCUUAUAAAAACAACUUAUUUUCUCUACAGACAUCUUAAAUGGUAUCUCAGUUCAAGUUCUCCAAGUAACUUAAUAAAUUGGAAAUAUUAUUCCUUGUGGAGACAUAAAUAUGACAUUGAUAAAUUAUAUUAGAUCACCAGGGGAAUGUUGAACAUUUUCUAGAGCAGUAUCUGCAGCAGAUGUACAGUAUAAGUGAGCCCAAAAGAUUGUUUGUUUCCUUUGAGCAUGGUAUGCUGAGAUUACUAUUUCAAACAUAUGUUAUCCAGGUGGAUAAGUGAAAAUUAUAAAGGAGACUUAUUAUAUUCAAAGGAAGGCCUUUGCAUAAAACUUAGUUUUUUGGAAUGUAAUAUGGGUGAAAGAAAUGUGACUUCCUAAAAUAAGUAGAGUUCUGAUUACAGUAAUACGCUUGCGUUUCCUCUGCAGCUUCAUGAUCUUUUACCACAUAUUGAAAUAUCAUUGGUGUGGAUGUUGCAUGCUGUGCAAGCAGGAUGGUGUGCUGGCAAUGUUCCACUGUUUUUGUUCUAUCU